AUGUGUGGCUGCAGAGCGAGCGUUCCCAGCACGAAGCAGUACUCGGUCAACCAGCCCGCUCCCACCAAAAACAGCCCUUUGGCUGCAGCCAGCAUGCCCAAGCGCAUCCCUAUAGCCAAGCAGCUGGCUUCAAUAAAAGCUCUAGGAAAAGUCUCAGAUCUUGAAAAAGCUUUUGCCACCGCGGCUUUGGUGUAUAACAACUCUGCUGACCCCGAGGGCAAGCUCAGCAAAGCUGAAACCAAAAGCCUGCUGCAAACCCAGUUUGGGGGUUUCAUACAGGGCCAAGAAAACAAACCAAAAUACCGGGAAAUAAUUUCUGCCCUGGAUGAGGAGUCAGAGAACAAAAUUGAUUUUGAAGAUUUCAUGAUCUUGUUAGUCAGUCUCACUCUAAUGUCUGACCUGCUGCAGGAGAUCAAAAAUGUGAAAACUACAAAAUGA